UCUCCUUCGUUGAUAACCCUUCGUUCGCUCACAGAAGCCCCCAUUUCCAGUUCGUUUUGAACCAGCUGGUUGGGGGGCAGCCAUGGAAGAUCUGCACAUGGAUGGGGAGCCGUCGAUCUUUGUUUGGGAGGUGUGCUGCAAAUCGAGCCGUCCUUUUGCUCUUCGUCUGAGAGAUUUCUGGUGGGAAGAUUUUUCAUCUUUUCUACAGCCUUCCACUCAGACUUCCAUCUCUCUUGCUUUCGAAUUUCUGCAUCCUUUGUCUUCAGUUGCUAGGGACUGGAAUGGAUACACAGGAUACAUCUCCUUCAGUGUUGCUAUUCUUUGACAAGGAAAGAUUUAUAUUUAAUGCUGGAGAGUAUGAAUCACAGUUAGGCAGUCAUCCAAUUGCUUCAGGUGAGCUUGGGUACGAAAUCCAAAUACGAGAAGCAGUCGUUCACCCAAAUUGUUUAACCAUUCUUCGCUUUAAAGAGUCAAGACCUCCAUCAAAGAGAAGAAAAGUCAUGAAGAAAUUGCAAAACAAAGCCCACCGAAUUAAACAACGUGCUGCUCAAAACUAUUCAAAUUUUGCUAUUUUAAUAGCUCCUUCCCACUAUUAACAUCUCAAUGUAUAUACAAACAUGUGUACUAUUUUAACAUAAAAAGUAGCCUGUAAAAUAUGUGAUUUCCUUUUUUUCCACUUAUACUUCCUUAGUUAAGCAUAAUGCUACGAGUUAAAUCUCAUUGUAUAUAUAAACAAUUUUAUUUUGUCUACGUAAUUUCAAAACCCGCAGCAUCGCGCGGGCUUUAUUGCUAGUAA